GGUUCUGUGCGCUUAUCGAUAAGAGAGAAUCCAUGCUUCUGACUUCCUCCUGACCCUGCUUGCUCAUUAACCCUGUCCUCUCUUUUCCUGUUUGUAAUCCCCAACGCAUGCUCCCUUUGUGAUCCUCAGGCUUUUUGGAUCCUUCAAUAUAAUUUUGGACCGGUAAUAACCAACAAAAACCAGCCUUCCUGACCGUCUCCAUACAGUUAUACCUGAGAGAAUGCUGCCAAACGUGUGGUAUAGCACAUGGUCCAUAUUUCAAUCCACCCUGCCGUUACUCCGUAACCGGGUUCUGUCGUAUGCUGAAAUCGAUCUCCCGUAUGGUCUCCUCGUUGUCUGGCAGAACAAUGUCGUUACUUCCCCUCGUUCUCCUUGCUUGUCUAUCGGCAAGCGCCUUUGCGUCUCCAAGACAAAUUCCCAUCGUUGAUGGCGUCAUCGGAGGCGUUCCCAACACGACUACUGCCACCGUCAGCAAGGUAAAGAUAGCGGCGGGGAAUGUUUCCACAACUGUCGGACAACUUCGCGUCACGGAAAAUUCAGGCGUUUGUGAGACGACCGAGGGCGUCUAUUCAGCCUCCGGAUACGGAGAUAUCGCCGAAGAUGAGAGUAUCUGGUUCUGGUACUUUGCGGCUCGAAACAAUCCCGACACGGCGCCUCUGGCACUCUGGUUCAACGGAGGGCCGGGAAGCUCGAGUAUGAUCGGUCUUUUCCAAGAGCUCGGUCCCUGCCGCAUAACCAACGACAGUUCGAACGUAGUUCUCAAUCCCUACUCUUGGAACACAAACGCGAAUCUUUUGUUCAUCGAUCAACCUGUGGGCGUAGGCUUCUCCCACGGAAAAUUAAAUGUGGGAACGUCCCAAGAAGCGGCAGACGAUGUCUGGACUUUCCUCCAGAUCUUCUUCUCAGACUCGAGGUUUUCGAAUUUGCUGCAGCGUGACCUCGCUAUUUGGACCGAAUCUUAUGGAGGGCAUUAUGGUCCCACAUUCGCAGCAUACUUCCUUUCUCAAAAUGAAGCUAUAGCUGCCGGGACUAUCUCAGGCCUGACAUUGAAUCUCAAAGUGCUCGGUGUCGGAGACGGGUUAACAGAUCCUCUAAACCAAUACCCAGGCUAUAUCACAUAUGCAGCUUCUAAUCCUUACCAUGCUCUAGUGUCCUCGUCGACCAUCUCACGAGCUAACUCGUCAUGGUUAUCAUCUACUGGAUGCAAAGCGCAGAUCACAUCCUGUAACAAUGGCGGCUCUAACUCUGUUUGCUCUCGAGCGCAAAGCUUUUGCAACAACAAUAUACUAGGUCCAUUAGCAGGAAACUACGAUGUCUAUUUCAUCCUAUCACAGGACCCAGACCCGUACCCGCCUGAUUUCACGGACUAUAUCAACUCUGUUGCCAGCAAAAUUGGCGCGGAGACUACCUGGAGUAUGUCGAACAGUGACGUUUACUCUAACUUUGCAGCCACGGGCGAUUGGAUGAGGAAUUCCAGACCAGACCUAGAGACCGUUAUCAACGCCGGGGUUCGAACAAUCAUCUAUGUCGGCGACGCUGACUAUAUCUUGAACUUCAAUGGGAUAGAGGCUAUGGUGGGCGCACUUGACACCAAAUUCAGCGACAUCCUGAAGGAAGAAGAACUGCAAGAUUACACUGUCGACGGACAAGCGGCUGGUCUACACAAGAAUGCUGGAACGUUUUCCUUUGUUCGAAUAUAUGGUGCAGGACAUGAAGUACCUGCUUAUACUCAUGGAACACUUGCCUAUGGUCAAGCUGCUUUCCAGAUGUUCUCGCAGAUCAUGAACAACGAGUCUUUGUCUUCGACGUAGAUACGAAGGUUAGACAAAGAUGGCGAUAUUGCUAUCAAUGAAAUAACCUGUACGACCAUGGUACCAUGCGUAUAUGUAUAGUAAACAGUAUUUUUGCAUGUAUCCCGGAAAGAUGCAUCAGAUUGCAGAUUAACCUACGACGACUAGUUCACCGGCAAUAAUAAACAAGGUGUAGUUACACAAUGGCUUACAUCGCGCGCGAUUUCCGUAUAAAUUAUUAUUUAUAAUAUUACAGAC